AAUGAUGUUAUCGACUUUUUAACUCUUUUGGUGUUAUUAGUUGCAAUAUAGCUCUAUUUGAUUGUUUUCUAUGAGUCCCAUACUGCGUUUCGUCAUAUUGUCAUCAGAAAUCAUUCUCGCUGCAGUCUAAAAAGUGAAGUGACGAACAACCAGUUGAAUGGCGCUACGGGAAGUCGUUGGGGUCAAUUUUCGUGUGCUGGCAAUUCAUCGACGGACAGUGCACACCUCUCUUAUAAAAUCUUUUAAACGUUCUGAAAGUCCAGGAAACAGUGCUAAUGUACAGAGAUGGAAAAGCUACUGGAAAGGAUGGAUACCGAUUUCUGCAGGGAUGGGCUUAACCAUUCUUGCUGUGUCUCAGUGGAAACGCUGGCAGUCAAAACUUGCGAACCCGGAUGAAUGUCACAUCUCAGAAUUUGAGAUUCAAUGCUACCGAGCAGUGCCUCUGCGAGCCAUAUCCCGAGCUUGGGGUUGGAUAUCCUCUCAAAGAGUACCGUUCAGUAUGCGAGAGUGGCUCUAUACUAAAUAUUCAGUCAUGUUUGGUGUUAAUUUGGAUGAAAUCGCAGAUGAUCUCAUUUCUUUCGAUUCUCUCAGUGAUUUUUUUAUCCGCCAACUGAGAGAAGGCGUGCGACCUAUUGCUCAAGCUGAGUGUCUUACCUCUCCUGCCGAUGGAACAGUUCUAAACUUUGGUCGUGUAACGUCAUGCAAUAUUGAACAAGUGAAGGGUGUAACAUAUAGCAUUAGAACUUUUCUUGGUGAACCGACGUGGCAGAAGAGAGGAAGCACAACAGAUUCAGAUUCAGAGCUUUUAGAAACAAAGUCAAAAUCUAUUAAAGCUAGUAGUUUAAGUACCAAAGCCAGUGAUUCCAUAGUUUUAACUAAGCAUUUUUCAUUAAAUCCUUUUUCAUGGAUAAGUUGGAGCUCUCAGACUCCUGAAGGAACUGAAAGUAAUUCCAGUGAUGUGUGCCAUGAUCCUGAAUGGGAAGAAUAUAGAUCUAAAUUAUUAAAAGAUAGUGUAAAUAAUGACCUUUAUCAAAUAGUCGUCUAUUUAGCCCCUGGAGAUUACCAUCGAUUUCACUCACCAGUAAACUGGAAUGUUUCUUUUCGAAGACAUUUUCAAGGUGAACUUCUGAGUGUAAAUCCAGUCAUAGCAGAGCUGGUCCCUGAACUGUUCUGUCUGAAUGAGAGAGCAGUUUAUGUUGGUGACUGGCAGCACGGGUUUUUUUCAAUGACUGCUGUUGGUGCUACAAAUGUUGGCUCAAUUCGUGUUUAUUCUGAUGAGACUUUACAUACAAAUACGAAAAAAUGGAAGCGAGGAAGAUUUCGAGAUGCUGAAUUGGACCUGAGGUGGUCCAAAGGUGAUGAAGUUGGCGAGUUUCGACUUGGUUCAACAGUUGUCUUAUUGUUUGAGGCACCAAAAAGUUUUCAGUUCAGUAUUUGUCGCUGUCAAAAAAUCAAAGUCGGAGAAUCAGUAUGCUGUGAUAAAGAAAAAUAAAUUGUCUAUUUUUUCCAA